AUGCCUCACGUCAACGGAGACUCUGUAGAGCCCAAGGCUCAGGCUCCCCCGGCUACUCUGCCCGCUGAUGCCGAGGGCAACAUCAUCGAGGUGCCCUCCACCCGCAGCGCCGUCAGCGACGUCCAGAUGCAGUCGCUCAGUCUGAACCCGUCCAUGAAGGACCGCCGGGCCUCGCGCAACUCGUUUGGCGUCUCUCUCCCGAUCCCCCGGACUUCGCGGCAGGGCUCGCGACUCUCCUCAGUGACAACCGCCAGGGACCACGUGCGGGACAUUGUGGCCUCCGGGAUCCAGGACAAGCACGAGGAGAAGGUCAAGGCCGUCAAGAACAUGGCCUUUUGCUUUGACAUUGACGGUGUGCUGGCACACGGAAACAUUGGUCUCCAGCAGGCCAAGGAUACCCUGCGCAUCCUGAACGGUGACAACGAGCUCGGCAUCCAAUUCCCCUACAUCCUCCUCACCAACGGCGGUGGAAAGACCGAAGAAGCUCGCUGCGCACAGCUCACAGAGGUCCUGGGCCACCCCAUCUCCACCAACCAGUUCAUCCAGUCGCACACCCCCAUGCAGGCCCUGUCGGAGUACUACGAGAACGUGCUGGUCUGCGGUGGCGAGGGCUUCAACAUCCGCAAGGUCGCCGAGAGCUACGGCUUCAAGAACGUCGUGCACCCCAAGGACAUUCUCGCCUGGGACCCGACAAUCUCGCUGUGCCGCAACUUCACCGAGGAAGAAAAGGCACAGGCCCAGCCCCGCGACUUCUCCAACUUCAAAUUCGACGCCAUCCUCGUCCUCGCCGAGUCGUACGACAUGUCGACCGACUUCCAGAUCAUCCUCGACCUGCUGCUCAGCGCAAACGGCAAGCUCAUGUCCUGGGCCAAGGACCCGGCCAGCAAGAACGCCAUCGCCCGCCACAUCCCCAUCUACUUCUCGCAGGGCGACUUGCUCUCCCCAACGGAGCACAAGGGCGCUGCCCGUCUGCACCUUGGUGCAUUCCGCGUUGCCCUCGAAGCUCAGUACAAGGCCCUCACCGGGCUGGACCUCGACCGUCUGGUGUACGGCAAGCCCGAGCGCGCUACCUACAUCUGCGCCGACGAGGUCUUCAAGGACUGGAUGGAGGAGAUCCACAACCAGCGCACCCUGCCCGAGAACAUCUACAUGAUCGGCGACAACCCGAUGUCCGAUAUCAUUGGCGGCAACAUGUACGGCUGGAACACUUGUCUGGUCCGCACCGGUGUCUUCCGCGGCGAGGGCAACGACGCCAACAACCCCGCCAACUUUGGUGUCUUUGACCACGUCUUGGAUGCGGUUAAGGCUGCUAUCCGUAAGGAGCUGGGCGAUGACUUUAAGUUUGAAUGGGAUCCCAAAAACCACCACUCUCCUACUGCGGCUGUUGAAUAA